GAAAAAAAAAAUUUAAAUCAACGUGAGUUGUUGAGGCCUUGAGUGGAGGAAUUUAUCAAUUUUAAACAUACCAUAAAAGAAGUUUAUGAUUCGCCAUUAGUAAACACACACACACAGACACGGAGAUCAGAUGAACGAAGCAGCCAGUAUCUCGGUGUUGCCGGAAGGCUGCUUAUCGGAGAUAUUAUCACUAACUUCACCUAGGGAUGUGUGCAGAGCUGCCUCCAUCUCCAAAGGAUUCAACACAGCAGCAGAUUCCGACCCUGUUUGGGAGCGGUUUCUGCCACCUGAUUACCGUGAAAUCAUUGGGAGAGCGGUUUCACCGGUGGUCGUUUUUGGCUCUAAAAAGCAACUGUACUUCUCCUUAUCGGACUCACAUAUCAUCCUCGAUCAUGCCUAUUUGAGCUUCCAUCUAGAUAAGGAGAGUGGGAAAAAGUGCUAUAUGUUGGGAGCAAAAGAGUUAUCAAUUGCAUGGCAAGAUGAACCUCGAUACUGGGAAUGGGAACAUAUAACUGAAUCAAGGUUCCCAGAAGUGUGCAUACUUAGAGAAGGAUACUCGCUUGGGAUCCAAGGAAAAAUAGCAGCUGAGAUGCUGUCACAAAAGAGUACAUAUGUCGUGUUUCUUGUCUUUCAAACGACUCAGGAUACCAGGGGACUUGCUGUGCCUGCAAAAACAAAGGUAAGUUAUGGUGGGACAGAAAUGGAGACUGAAAAUGUUUAUCUUCGAAGACCGCAGUUUCAGCAAGAAAACUACGUGUUUCCUUGCUUAAGAAAUGAUGGGUGGAUGGAGAUGAAGUUGGGAGAAUUUGAGUGCAAUGAAGGAGAUGAUGGGGAAGUUGAGAUGGCGUUUGAGGAGGUUACACAACGAAACUGGAAGAGUGGUCUUAUCGUGGAGGGCUUUGAGCUUCGGCCUAAAUAAUAUGCAAAUAAUUAUGUGAUCUUCAUCAAUAUUCAAUAUAAAAACUCUAUUUAUUUUUGUUUGUGUUAAAUUGAGCAAUUAUCUUCUAACAUCAAUGUAAUAUAUUCCAUUUUACAUUUAUAAUUUAUAAUACAUAUCUUAAUUA